CGUGACUUGAGCAAACAUGAGAGGAUUUCCACUACUUGUGACCGUCUUGCUAGCGGCCUUGGUUGGAAGCAGCAGUGCAGCUUCCAUCCGAAAGGUGACUGUGAUGAGUGCAACUUGCAAGGGAGCUUCUGGGCCAUUUCCGAACCCAGACAGCUGCAGAAGCUUCCUACAAUGUGAGCCAUCAGGCGUUGCAACGGUCAUCCCAUGCCCAGCAAACCUCGAGUUUAAUCCAAAUCUGAAGGUGUGUGACUUCCCAGAGAGAGCUGGUUGCUCCUCAUCACCGUCUCCACCAGCUGACGACGACAAUGGAAAUGGUGGAGGAUCAGAUGAUAACGGAGGCGCUUCACCAGAUCCACCAUCUGGCGACGCCCCCACCUGUCCCCCAUGGAAUCCUAAUGACGUCACCCAGCUGCCCAAUCCGAAUGACUGCAGCAGCUUCUACAAGUGUGACGAAAACGGCGUAGCCUGGGUCAUCGAAUGCCCAGCCGGUCUCGAAUACAAUGCAGAGCUGAGAGUGUGUGACUACCCAGAAAAUGCUGGUUGCUCAUCAUCUGCACCAAGCAACCCAUCUGAUGAUACACCUUCUGAGGGGGGUGAAGAUAACGGAAAUUCAAAUGGGGGUAAUGAUGUGAGUCCAAAUCCACCAGCUGGAGAUGCUCCUACUUGUCCAGCUUGGAAUCCAAACGACGUCACACAGUUGCCCAAUCCCAGUGACUGCAGCAGCUUCUACAAAUGCGACGAGAAUGGUGUGGCUUGGCUCAUACCAUGCCCAGCUGGACUCGAGUACAAUGCGAAGCUGAGGGUAUGCGACUACCCAGAGAGUGCUGGUUGCUCAUCGUCUGCUGAUCCAAGUAACCCAUCUGGCGACGAUUCCUCUAAUGGUGGUCAAGACAACGGAAAUACUGGCUCUGGUAAUGGCGAAACCCCACAGGAACCAGCUGCAGAUGCUCCCACAUGCCCACCUUGGAAUCCGGAUGACGUCACCCAAUUGCCUAACCCCAGCGACUGUAACAGCUUCUACAAGUGCGACGAGAACGGAGUUGCCUGGUUGAUCCCUUGCCCAGCAGGACUGCAGUACAAUGCCGAGCUGAGGGUGUGCGAUUACCCUGCAAACGCCGGAUGUUCCGUCUAACAUGAAUAACCCUCCAUUAAGACAAUAUUUGUGUAAUCACCCAGUGUUCAG